GGCAACAUAUUUUUACCGUUUGUUGUUCUCUUUUCAAUAAUGGCGGUAAACGAAGAUGACAAAUUAAAGAAGUUUCCUGAUGAAAGAAUUGGAUCUACACCUCCACAAUCUCCAAUUUUAUUUGAUGAUUCUAACAUGGAUCUAUUGAGUUCUGAAAACUUAGAUAGAUCAUCACCUGAGCUUUGGCCUGAACAAAUCCCUGGUGUUUCAAAAUUUGUUUCUUUGUCACUGGGAAGUUGUGCAGAUAAACCAUCACAAGCUGAGUGGCUUAAAGAUUUAGAUCAUGAAGAUAUAAGUAUAUUACAAGGAUUUGGAAGUCUAACUGCUGCUGCACUUCUUGAAAAAGUAAGAGAUCUUCAAAACUUGGCAUAUCAACUCGGUUUAGAAGAAGCAAAGGAAAUGACUAGAGGAAGAUUUCUUGGUGUCUUGCCCAAGAAGAAAGAUGUCAGAAGUUGACUUUUUGAAAGAUGACAUUGUUUUGUUAAUUUUCAAUUUUGCACACUUUGCAAAUAGAACUGACACAUAUUUCAAAAAAAAAAGUCUUCUGAAUAUUUUGAGAAAUAUGUAUUUAUAAAAUUAAGUAUAUUUGCUUUUCUUCUAAUUAUUAUUGUAUUGUUGUAUACUUAUACUGCAAAUAUCUUUUCAUGAGGGUUUCAUUUGUUCUGUACUAACAUUUCUCAAUUUAAUCACUUCAUUUUCAAUAUUGUAUUUUGUAAAAAGAGAUUUUUAAAGACGUGGUAAAAGGAAAAUUUGUUGCUAAUAUUGUUGCAAAUUUACAUCUGCAUUAGUUCUUUGAAAUAAUUACUCCAAUAAGAGAAACAGCAUUUUAGUUUAUAAAAUAAAUGCUAGAAAAUAUUUUUAAAAAUAUAUUCUCCUUGGUUACAGGACUUUCUUUCAAUUGAAAUUUUGUUGGGUCUUUGAUUCCAACGUGAAUUUGCUUGUGAAAUAUUUUGACAUUUAGCAGUGUGGCAUGUUUUGUAAAGUUAUUGAAUUCUGAAACCCCAUAAAUGAAUGAAUUUAAUGUAGUAUUCAUAAAAUAUGGUAAUAUAUGUUUAUAGCUAAUAAAAUAUAUUGCAAAUAUAUAACUUGGUAUGAUUAUUAUAACACUAGAAAGUCGCCCGUCAAGGUAUGACGGGUGAAAAUUGCUUCUACUCUUCUACAUUUGAAUGAAGCCAUUGCCUGUCUGGUGAUAUUUUGAUAGUUGAAAUGGUAACCAUAACUCCAGUGGAUGAAUCCUAAACUCUACGAGGUAGCGUUCAUUGUUGACUAUUUUUUCGUUUCUUCAUUCCCCUGAAACGACACAGUCUUACCAGUAAAACAAGUUACUGGAUCAAAUUCAGCCUUGGUACAAUAGAGCCUUUUCCUGCAUGUUAAACAUUACCAAAACAUCAUAUUAUCAUGCAGUGGCACAAGUUUUAUUGUUGAUGACGUCACAGGCAUUACUCGAUCAUUGGCUAUUAUAUAUUUGACGAUGAUGUUAAGUUUAAGUUUUUCGCUUACUAGUGCUAUUUCAAUUAUGUACAGUCAACUCUCAAUAACUCAAGGGACCGGCUGAAAUGUUCCAGUUAAGGGAAGUUUCAACAACAGUCUCGAGUUAAGAACCCGAUGAAAACUUCGAGAUAAAGGAAUAUUCGAGUUAUCAAGAUUCGACUGUAUUUUCUUUCCUAUUAUGACAUUUUUGUCACAAUUCCAACAAUACUAUCUCAAUAAAUAAACAAAUGAAUAAACAAAAAAUGAUGAUUCUAAAAGGUAUUUAUAUGAAAAUUAUUAUGCUGUGCAAUAUAUGAAUAAUGAAUUUGCUAAAGUUUAUUAAGCAUUCAUGUAUUAUUUAUUUAUGUAGUUUCCUUCCUGUUGUUUUCAGAAAAGUGUUCUAUCAGUAUGCUCAUUAACCUGUAAAGUGUAUUUAAAAUAUUUUAUUCUGUCCAAGUCUAUUUAUAUUGGCUACAAGUCGAGAUUAAUGAAUAAAAGUUCUUUAUUUACUUUCAAAAUUUAAAAUUUUCCAUACAAAAUCAAAAAGUGUAUGAAAAAAUACAGGGUGGCGACAAAUCAGGGAAAAGUCAGGGAACUUUAUUAAUCAGGGAAAAGUCGGGGAAUUUUGAAAAAAUAACAAAAAAUCAGGGAAAAUUGAUUUUAUGAAGAAUUUUUUUUUUUUUUUUUGCUUUACAAAAUUAAGUACUCUAAUUUCCUAUGCAUUUUCCGCCAAUUAUCUGUUCAAAAAGAAAGUAAAAUUAAUGAGGUGCGAUUAUACACUGUCGUAUAUUUGUACUUCCUAAGAUUGCUUCUGUGUCUUUUAGGUUGUUUAUUUUACCUAGCUUGAAAUUUCCUUUUACGCUUUCAAUGCUAUGUAAAAUAAACAACCAUACAGGCAAAGAGGAAGCCUUCAUUAAUGCCUUAGUUCCUUUGCCUUUAUUUCAUUGUCUCGAAGUAAUUAGCGUAUUGCAAUCAUGAUUUCAAGAAGAAAUCUUCGGUUUUUGAAUUAAUACUAUAAAAGCUUAAAAGUUAUUACUUCUUCGCGUUUUAAAUUAAAUUGCUAAAAUUGAACUUUCAAUUAAAAAAAAAAAACUUGCCGUUAUACUAUUUGUUGUCACCGCAGAUUAUAAAGGUUUUCUUUUCUUCAGACUUAAGUGAUUCUUUAAUUUUAUAACCAAGUUGUAUGCUUCUUUUAUAUAUUUUGAAAUUAACUAAUUGCUUUUUUUUUUCUUCUUGCAGUUCAAAGUUGUUUGUUACAAAAGCAAUCUAAGAUUUUUUUUUGUUACAUACUGAAAUCAUUUGAAGUAGAGUUAACUUGUGUACUUAAAUAAAUAUAUUUUUUUAUUGUUAAAAUGCUGUAUUCAUUCAUUAAAACCUAUGUUUUUAAUUAGAGAAAAGCUCCCUAUGAAUGGAUGUCAAAUGGUUUCAUCUGUUUUGCAUAAAUAUGUCAGUUAUGUAAGAAUAACUACAGUACUUCUAUUCUUUCAUUAUUACUUGUUAUUCUUGCAACAAUUAUUAUACUGUUUGAGAACUUAGUUCAAAAUAAUUUCAAUUACUUUUUAGUAAUAUCAUAAAUACACAUAUGUUUUUAAGAGAUUUUAAUAGUUUCUUAAAAAUCUUAUGCUAAGUGUGUUUCUGGAAGCAAAGUAUUUUUUUUAAAAAAUUUCUACAAUAUUUCCAUUGUAGAAAAAUUUAAUAUACUGUUUUGUAGGUUUUUUUCUCCCAAAAAAAUUGACUUGAUAUGUUUUUUUUUAACCAUUUUAUUAAAAAUGUAGCAUCUUUUUAAAAUAUAUCUUUAGUUACACAACUUAAAACGUUUAAAAUACUGCAUUUUAUACAAACAUACAAUGAAUUUCAAGUAGAGCAAAGAAAGAAAACCAUUAUCAUUGGUAACGUAAAUCAGGGAAAUUUGGUGAACUUAAUCAGGGAAAAGUCAGGGAACUUUUUUUCACAGUUCCUGUCGCCACCCUGCAAUAAAAUAAGUAUGCUUUAUAAACACAUGAAUGUAUGCUAAUAUUCAAAUUCUCUUUUUAUCCCCAGUCUUAUGUUUUAAAUUAUAAAUAUUAGUUUAUUUAUUCUUUUAAGCCAAAAAAACUGUAUCCAACCUAUGCAAUAAAAGUGUUAUAUUUGAAUUUCA